CGUUGGACCGUUGUUCCGUUGCGUAGCGGCUCGCUAACCUCGCUCCUUCUCUCUGUUGUUUCUCUCUCCUGGCUUUGCCUGGUUGAUGGCCGUCCAUCGCUGCGGCUCGCCUUCGAGUUGUGAUCGCCGGUAUUGCACUCCGCCCCUUAGACCGGAACCUUAGCGGCCUCGCCGGCGAUAUCUAUCGGAAACCCUAAGUAUGGCGAUCCGGAGUUUGUGGUUGAGAAUUUUUCCCAAGGGGAAGCAGAAGAGAUUGAAUGGGCUAUUCAAGUCCAAGCCGCGGACGCCGGCCGAGAUUGUGCGGCAAACACACGAUCUACUUGUUGACAUUGAUUCGAAUUCGAGUACAAGCAAAAGCAAACAGGAGGAGAAGAUAACUGAGCUUUGUAAAUUAAUUUGGGAGUUGAAAUCUUUGUUAUAUGGGAACAAUGAAGCUGAACCGGUGCCUGAAGCAUGUGCACAAUUAACUCAAGAAUUUUUCAGAGAGAAUACCCUACGUCUUCUUAUAGUUUGCCUUCCAAAAUUAACUCUUGAGGCUCAAAAAGAUGCCACUCAAGUAGUUGCAAAUUUGCAGAGGCAACAGGUUCAUUCACGGUUAAUUGCUUCUGAUUAUUUGGAAGCAAACAAAGACCUUUUGGACAUUUUAAUAAAUGGAUACAAUGACUUUGAUGUCGCUUUACAUUAUGGUUCCAUGUUGAGGGAAUGCAUUCGGCAUCAAAGUAUUGCAAAGUCUGUUUUGGAAUCUGAACACAUGAAAAAGUUUUUUGACUAUCUUCAGUUUCCAAAUUUUGACAUAGCAUCAGAUGUGUUCGCAACUUUUAGGGAGCUCAUGACAAGGCAUAAAUCAACAGUAGCUGAAUUCCUUUCUAAAAAUUAUGAUUGGUUCUUUGCAGAGUAUAAUGAGAAGCUGCUAUCGUCUUCCAACUAUGUUACUGCUAGACAAGCUGUCAAGCUUUUGGGAGAUAUGUUGGUUGAACGAUCAAAUUCUGAUGUUAUGACGAGAUAUGUGAGCUCGAAGGAUAACUUGAUUGUCCCCAUGAAUCUUCUAAGAGUAUGAUUUCUACUUAUUAAUGCAGCUUAUUUUAUACCAAAAAAAGAGAAAAAAUAAUACGAAUCUGGAGAUUACCCAUAGCACUAAAACCAUUUCAAUUAAA